GAGCGCCGUGCGCCCCAGCAGAAGUCGGCUCCUGUUCCGCAUGUUGUUCCCCGAUGCUCCCUCCCCCUUUUCCCGGCUCCUCCUCUUGUCUCGGGCCCGUCGAAGCGAUUCCCAAACUUUUCCGUCCCAAGGCUUCCUGGAGCUCCAUAUCCUGUGUGGCCGGUGGGAAGAGGCGUGCGAUGCGUGAGCUGUAGCCGACGGUCCCGAUGACGGAGCGGGCGGACGGACCCUCGGGCCCGUUAUGCGCACCGGAGCAACUCCCCAACAAGGACUCCCGAGGGAACCGGCCGACGUCUGAAGUGGAGAAUGGGGCCGAGAGGAGACCAGGGAGGUGUGGAAGGUCACCUGCAGACCUCCAGCCGCGUGUGGACACGGAGUCAGACCCCUCGGAGAGCAGGAGGAGACCGGCCAGCAUGAGGUUGAAACCUGCGGAGCAGCUUUCACCAAUGUUGACUCCAAGUGAAAUUGAAACGAAGUUGGAAAGCAAGAAAUCACAGCCCAGCCAGUUAUCAAAGACAAAUACCCAGUAUCACAAGUUAUUCAAGGAAGUCAGCAAAGAUGAGCUACUCAAACAAAUCGUGCAUUUGUCCGCAGGCUACACUUGUGCGCUGCAGAAAGAGAUUUUAUAUCAGGGCAAAAUGUUUGUCUCUGACAACUGGAUCUGCUUCCACUCCAGAGUCUUUGGCAGAGACACCAAGAUUUCAAUCCCAGCGAUGUCCGUGACGUUUAUCAAAAAAACCAAGACGGCACUAUUAGUGCCAAAUGCACUCGUGAUUGAAACGACAAGUGACCAGCACGUGUUUGUGUCGUUCCUCUCACGAAACGCCACCUACAAACUGCUGAGGUCCAUCUGCAUCCAUUUGGAGGUGGAUAACACUUGUAACAGCAUCAUCACUUCUUCCUGUGAAACCAGCUUCAGAGUCAGCUGUACGUCGUCUCUUCCUCUGGAUUUUUCGGUAGAAUACUCUGACCUCGACGGGGUCGUGCAGCAGAGACGGCAGGAGAUGAUGGAGAGCAGCAGCUCCGGCUCUCAAACUCCAGAUUAUGACAAAAUAACCGAUUUCGCCGGCCUCCCAGACACAUUGGUGUGUGCAGUGAAGAGUGGAGAGGUUUCCGUCCACGCAGACGUUCACCUCCAGACUCCAGGCCUAAAACACAGAGCUGCCCUCAACAACGGGUCAGCCAAGCCAACCCGCGGAGUCACACUCAAAGACAAAUCCUCGGCGCCCAUGUCGUUACACGCCAUCCUCCUAAUCUAUUUGGUUUUAGUUAGUGUUCUUGUCUUGUCCUCCUGUUACAUGGCUUUCAAGAUUGUGGCUCUUGAGCAGCGUCUGAACUCCUUGGUGUCCAUGGGGGAACACAUUCGAAAUGAAAAUGCAGUGAGCCCCAGGUCCCAGGAUGCGCUGAACGCUGAGAUCUAUGGAGAACUGACUUCCAACCUGUUCAAGCUAGAAAAGAUCCAAAGAAACCUCCGGAAGCUACUUGAAGAGACUUAGGGGAAGACUGUUGUCUGUUGGCCUGUCCGGACGGAAGCUUUAUCUUGUAUCAGACAUGUUGGAUAAAAUCUGCAGAUCAGCUUGCGUGAUCAGGUUUGGUAAAAAGAUGUGAUGCCAAAGCGUGGACAGCUCAUGCAGAAAGCUUCAAACUGGUGUGAACUUUAACUUAAAUUGUGCAAUACCUUUCCCCCUUUCCACUCAGGACUGUUUUAUAUACUGUACCAACAAAGAGUUGUGCUAGAGUGUAAACUGAAGCACAUUAGCGUGCUAGUGUGUGUGCCAGUGUUCCUGUUAGUCAAGCGACAUUGUUAAGAAUAUGUCAGAGCUUUGAUUUUUACAUUUCACAACAGCGGGAUUUUAUUAAGGUAUCAGGUCUGAAGGUUCUAUUUGACUGGUUUCAAAACAUUUCACGAAAGGUCAACUUGUCGCUGUUGUUAUGUUUUAACGGUUUGAAUCACGUUGCCAAUAAAUUAUUGUUAUGUCAUGUUUAUAAAUCAUUGAGCAAGUGGCGUUUGUAUGAUAUCUUUUGAUUACAUUUACAGCCAAUUGUUUUUAGUGUAUUUUUCUCUUAGAGUGUGUGGCAACCAAAAUAACCAUGUAGAUAUGCAAAUGUGAGCGAAUCAAUUCUGCUUAAUAGGUGUUUUUUUAUUGUCCUUUCAUUUCAUUGGAAAUCGCAGGUUUAUUCAUGAAGAGCUUCUUGGAUUAUCAUGAUUUAUGUUUUGUUACAUUUUCAUUCUUCGUUUUGACAUUUUCACUCAAACUUGGAUUAUUGCAUCAAAACCAAUAGAACCUCAUAACCCUGUGGUUGACAAUCAGAUCCCAGACCUGAAAUAAAAAGCUCUCGUGCUCUGCUCAUAA